GAAGCCAUAGAGUACCUCAACCUAUAUCUUAAAAAAGCUAAAGAAGUAGGAGACAAGCAUGGGGAGGGUAACGCUUAUGGCAAUCUUGGCAAUGCUUAUUUUAGUCUGGGUGAUUUAAAAAAAGCCAUAAAGUACCACAACCUACGUCUUAAAAUAGCUAAAGAAGUAGGAGACAAGCGUGGGGAGGGUAACGCUUAUGGCAAUCUUGGCAAUGCUUAUCAUCGUCUGGGUGAUUUAAAAAAAGGCAUAGAGUACCACAACCUACAUCUUAAAAUAGCUAAAGAAGUAGGAGACAAGCAUGGGGAGGGUAACGCUUAUGGCAAUCUUGGCAAUGCUUAUCGCCGUCUGGGUGAUUUCAAAAAAGCCAUAGGGUACCACAACCUACAUCUUAAAAUAGCUAAAGAAGUAGGAGAGAAGCAUGGGGAGGGUAACGCUUAUGGCAAUCUUGGCAAUGCUUAUUUUAGUCUGGGUGAUUUAAAAAAAGCCAUAGAGUACUUUAGCCUACAUCUUAAAAUAGCUAAAGAAGUAGGAGACAAGCAUGGGGAGGGUAACGCUUAUGGCAAUCUUGGCAAUGCUUAUUUUAGUCUGGGGGAUUUAAAAAAAGCCAUUGAGUACCACAACCUACAUCUUAAAAUAGCUAAAGAAGUAGGAGACAAGCAUGGGGAGGGUAGUACUUAUGGCAAUCUUGGCGGUGUUUAUUUUAGUCUGGGUGAUAAAAAAGCCAUAGAGUACUUCAGCCUACAUCUUAAAAUAGCUAAAGAAGUAGGAGACAAGCAUGGGGAGGGUGUCGCUUAUGGCAAUCUUGGCAAUGGUUAUCACCGUCUGGGUGAUUUCAAAAAAGGCAUAGAGUACUACAACCUACAUCUUGAAAUAGUUAAAGAAGUAGGAGACAAGCAUGGGGAGGGUAAAGGUUAUGGCAAUCUUGGCAAUGCUUAUCGCUGUCUGGGUGAUUUCAAAAAAGGCAUAGAGUACUACAACCUACAUCUUAAAAUAGUUAAAGAAGUAGGAGACAAGCAUGGGGAGGGUAAAGCUUAUGGCAAUCUUGGCAAUGCUUAUUUUAGUCUGGGUGAUUUCAAAAAAGCCAUAGAGUACCACAACCUACUUCUUAAAAUAGCUAAAGAAGUAGGAGACAAGCAUGGGGAGGGUAACGCUUAUGGCAAUCUUGGCAAUGCUUAUCACUGUCUGGGUGAUUUCAAAAAAGCCAUAGAGUACUACGACCUACAUCUUAAAAUAGCCAAAGAAAUAGGAGACAAGCAUGGGGAGAGUAACACUUAUGGCAAUCUUGGCAAUGCUUAUUUUAGUGUGGGUGAUUUCAAAAAAGCCAUUGAGUACCACAACCUACAUCUUAAAAUAGCUAAAGAAGUAGGAGACAAGCAUGCGCAGGGUAAAGCUUAUGGCAAUCUUGGCAAUGCUUAUCACUGUCUGAGUGAUUUCAAAAAAGCCAUAGAGUACCACAACCUAGAUCUUAAAAUAGCUAAAGAAGUAGGAGACAAGCAUGGAGAGGGUGUUGCUUAUGGCAAUCUUGGCAAUGCUUAUUACCGUCUGGGUGAUUUAAAAAAAGGCAUAGAGUACUACAACCUACAUCUUAAAAUAGCUAAAGAAGUAGGAGACAAGCAUGGGGAGGGUGUUGUUUAUGGCAAUCUUGGCAAUGCUUAUUACCGUCUGGGUGAUUUAAAAAAAGGCAUAGAGUACUACAACCUAAUUCUUAAAAUAGCUAAAGAAGUAGGAGACAAGCAUGGGGAGGGUGUUGCUUAUGGCAAUCUUGGCAAUGCUUAUGGCCGUCUGGGUGAUUUCAAAAAAGGCAUAGAGUACAACAACCUACGUCUUAAAAUAGCUAAAGAAGUAGGAGACAAGCAUGGGGAGGGUGUUGCUUAUGGCAAUCUUGGCAAUGCUUAUGGCCAUCUGGGUGAUUUCAAAAAAGCCAUAGAGUACCACAACCUACAUCUUAUAAUAGCUAAAGAAGUAGGAGACAAAUCCUCGGAGGCAAUGGCCUACUGUUCGUUAGGAUUGGUUUUUGAGUUGCAAGGUAGACUGCCAAAAGCCGUUGAACAUUACCAAGCUAGCAUAAACUUAUUCAAUUCCUUGAGAGUACUUCUAAUAUCUAAAGAUGAGUGGAAAGUUAAUUUUCGAAAUCAGCAUCAAGUGGCGUAUACGGGUUUGUGGAGAGUUCUCGUAGAACAAGGUAAUGUAGAUGAAGCCUUAUUUGUUGCUGAGAAAGGACGAGCUCAAGCUCUGACCGACCUCAUGGAAUCCAGUUUUUGUGUUGGAACAAGUCACCACAAGGGAGAAGAUGAAGAUUGCGCAGUUUUAAAAAACGUUCCACCAAACACUGUCUUUCAGGCAGUGGACAAAGCUAACGUCUAUCUUUGGGUUGUGCCCGAGGGAAAACAAGUUCAGUUAAGACAAAGUAAACUCAAAGGUUUUGUUUCAGAGAAUAGUGGAUCUAGCCUGUCCUUUGAGUCGUUCAUGCUCGGUGUCUAUACACAACUUGGUGUUCGUUCUAAUGUGAGGUGCGAGAACCGAUCUUUAGAUGCUUUGAGGGAGGGCCGUUCAAAAGUGGAUGAGAAAACCAAAGAAGCCAGGCCUCAACCUCACAUCCAACAAGACGGAUGCUUGAGCACUUUGUAUGAUAUCGUUAUGAAGCCGGUGGCGGACUUGAUUGAAGGGGAUGAGCUACUCAUUAUUCCUGAUGGACCCCUGUGGAUCGCUCCUUACGCUGCAUUGAAGGAUGGUAAUUCUAAAUACCUGUGUGAAUCGUUCGCAAUCCGAGUCGCUCCAUCGUUAGCAAGUCUUAGACUCAUUGCCGAUUGCCCAGAUGAUUAUCACAAAAGCAGUGGUGCGUUACUUGUAGGAGAUCCGUGGGUGUCCGAGGUUACUAACAGCGAGGGAAAGAAAGUCUUGGAGCAGCUUCAGUAUGCCAAAAAAGAAGUAGAAAUGAUCGGAAAAAUUCUGAAUAUCACGCCAAUCACUGGCAGUCAGGCCACGAAACGUGAGGUGUUGAAAAGACUCAGUUCCGUUUCCUUAGUUCACUUUGCGGCACACGGAUGUAUGGAAACUGGCGAAAUUGCUCUUACACCUGACCCACACCGAAUAUCUACUGUGCCAACGGAGGAGGAUUACAUUUUAACAAUUGGAGAUGUGUUGAAUGCUCAACUUCGGGCCAAACUUGUUGUGCUCAGUUGCUGCCACAGCGGCCGGGGCGAGAUCAAGGCUGAAGGUGUGGUUGGCAUUGCGCGCGCUUUUAUGGGGGCUGGUGCUCGGUCUAUUGUGGUGUCCCUGUGGGCGAUUGAUGACGAAGCUACUCUUGAGUUCAUGAAACACUUUUAUCAACAACUUGCAGGAGGUAAACCAGCAAGCGAGUCACUGAAUCUGGCCAUGAAAAGCCUCAGAGAAUCAGACAAGUUCUGCGACAUCAAACACUGGGCGCCCUUUUUGCUGAUUGGGGAUGACGUCACUCUUGACUUCAUAGCAAAGGAA